AUGGCCGAACGUUUCCCUUCCAUAGAGGACUUCUCUGCAGGUCAAACCGAAGUCCUACCCACGAACGGAGCGUCAGACGCUGAGGACUUUCUAGCCCGCGAGCGCGCCCUUCUCGGAGAAGACGCAGAUCAGUUUGCUACUCCUCAAGAUAUUGCUGCUACGGCGGAGCCAGGUGAUAGUGGAAAUGACCUCUUGGGGGAGGCGGAUAACGCUCCAAUCGAGCCCGCUGCGCCCGAUGAGCUUUCGGGGUUCGAAUCAUCAUUCCCUGCUAUAGAGACACAGAAUGAGCAAGUUGCACCUGGCGGCACAAUCACUGGAACAGGGGCCCCCUUCCCUCCUACUGGCUUUUCAACCUACAAAGAACCGGAGGAAGAACCAGAGUCCAUUAGGGAAUGGCGUGAAAAACGAGACGCGGAACUCGCCCGUCGCGCAGAGAUCUCGAGCGAGAAGAGGGAGGCAACUGUGAAGAAGGCACAAGAAGACAUUGACGAUUUCUACGUCUCCUAUAACAACAAGGUCGACAAGCUUCGCGCCCAGACCCACGCCGAUGCAGAACAAUUCCUUGCUAACCGCGAGGAUACUUCUGCUGGCGGUACCAGUUGGGAGCGUAUUGCCAAACUCGUUGACAUCUCUGGCAAGGGUAGCAGGGGCGGCGCCAGCGGAUCUGGCAAGGAGCGUUUCCGCGAACUAUUACUCGACUUAAGAAAGGAUCAGAGUGCGCCAGGUGCCAGCGGCAUUUAG